CACACCGUUCUUAUCAAUGCUAAUUAAAAGAUUCCUGCCUUAAAAGAGCUGCUUAAGUGUCUUAGAGCUUCAAGAUUCUAAAUCAACUUAAAAGUCUGAGGUGAUCCUAAACAAGAAGUGACUUGGGUUUGCCUGAGCGGGUGCAGAAACUGGCUGGGCCUCUGAGCGUCGCUGUUGACCACAUAAGGAGUGAAAAGCGAGACAAACGUCGCUACCGCUCCUGCAACACAAAGGGCUAGGUAUCUGGACCUUAAACUUCGGGGUGGCAGAGAAAUUCUGCCCAGCAGUUCAUCAGUUCUCUCCAGAGUGGCUUGGUUCCCGGAAUUCUGGUCGUCUCAGCUCUUGGGGAAUAAAGAGUGGAAUUCCCUCACUGAAAGCUGGAAAUUGCCCUGGAGAAAACCCCGCGGGACAAGAGAAAUGGCGACUCUGCAAAAGCUGCUGCACUGCAGAAGACUAGUUCUACUGUGGCUCCUUUUGGCGGUCCUGUGGGAAGCUGGAGCUGGGCAGAUUCGCUACUCUAUGCCAGAGGAGCUCGACAAAGGCUCCACCGUGGGCAAUAUAGCCAAAGACUUGGGUUGGGAGCCCCUGGCACUGGCAGAGCGCGGCGUCCGCAUCGUCUCCAGAGGUAGGACGCAGCUUUUCUCUCUCAACCCGCGCAGCGGCAGCUUGGUCACCGCGGGCAGGAUAGACCGGGAGGAGCUGUGUGCCCAGAGCGCGCGGUGUCUGGUGAACUUUAACGUACUACUGGAAGAUAAAUUGACUAUUUAUUCAGUAGAGGUGGAAAUAACAGAUAUUAACGACAAUGCUCCUCGUUUUGGAGUAGAUGAACUGGAGCUAAAAAUCAGUGAAACGACUACUCCAGGAUUCCGGAUUCCUCUUAAAAGUGCUCAUGAUGCGGACAUAGGGAAGAACUCUCUGCAGAAGUAUGAACUCAACCCAAAUGACCACUUCUCCCUGGAUAUGCGAAGUGGAGCUGACGGGAACAAGUACCCGGAGCUGGUGCUAGAGCACACUCUGGACCGCGAGGAAGAAGCUGUUCACCAUCUCGUCCUUGUCGCUUCUGAUGGGGGCGAACUGGUCCGAUCCGGCACCUGCCGCAUCCGCGUGAAGGUCCUGGAUGUGAACGAUAACCCUCCUGUUUUCACACAGCCUGAGUACCGUAUAAGUGUUCCGGAGAACACGCCCGUGGGCACCCGAAUACUUACGGUGACUGCCACUGAUGCAGACGAGGGAUUCAAUGCUCACGUGGCAUACUUUCAAGAGAAGCCCCUUGGACAGACCUCCGAGGUAUUUGAGCUUAAGUCAACUUCUGGAGACUUAACAAUCCUGAGAAGCCUAGAUUACGAGGAUGCCAAAUUCCAUGAAAUUGAUAUUGAAGCUCAAGAUGGUCCAGGCCUUCUGACCAGAACAAAAGUGGUUGUCACGGUUCUGGAUGUGAAUGACAAUGCCCCGGAAUUUUACAUGACAUCUGCUACUAGCUCAGUUCCUGAAGACUCUCCUCCAGGAACCGUAAUUGCACUUUUCAACGUACACGACAGAGACUCUGGGCAGAAUGCUUUUAUCACCUGUUCUCUCCCCGAGAAACUUCCCUUCAAGCUGGAAAGUUCAGUGGACAAUUACCACCGACUGGUUACAACCACAGCCCUUGACAGAGAACAGUUUUCCUUUUACAACAUCACAAUCACUGCUGCAGAUGGAGGGAAUCCGUCUCUGUCCACAGAUGCUCACAUUUUGCUGCAGGUGACAGACAUAAAUGAUAACCCACCAGCGUUCCCCCGUGCAUUCUACUCCGCCUUUGUUCCUGAAAACAACCCCAGAGGUGCCUCCAUCUUUUCAGUGAUGGCCCAUGAUCCGGACAGUGAGGACAACGCCCAGGUAACUUACUCUCUGGCCGAAGGCAUCCUUCAAGGAGCGCCCCUGUCCUCUUACAUCUCUAUCAACUCUGACACUGGAGUCCUCUAUGCUCUUCGGUCCUUUGAUUAUGAGCAGUUCCAAGACCUGCAGCUGCAGGUAAUAGCGCUGGACAGCGGGAACCCUCCACUCAGCAGCAACGUGUCAUUGAGCCUCUUCUUAGUGGAUCAGAAUGACAAUGCACCUGAGGUUCUGUACCCCACCCUCCCAGCAGACGGUUCCACAGGUGUGGAGCUGGCACCUCGCUCAGCAGAGCCUGGAUACCUGGUAACCAAGGUGGUGGCAGUGGAUAGAGACUCCGGACAGAAUUCCUGGCUGUCCUACCGGCUACUUAAAGCCAGUGAGCCAGGGCUUUUCUCUGUGGGGUUGCACACAGGUGAGAUACGCACUGCAAGAACCCUGCUGGAUAAGGAUGCACUCAAGCAGAGCCUGAUAGUGGCCGUUCAGGACCAUGGCCGGCCCCCUCUCUCUGCCACUGUCACAGUCACCAUAGCUGUGGCUGACAGCAUCCCCGAUGUCCUGGCAGACCUGGGCAGCAUCAGGACCCCCGCUCACCCCGAUGAUUCUGACCUCACACUCUACCUGGUGGUGGCUGUGGCUGCUGUCUCCUGUGUUUUCCUGGCCUUUGUCAUCGUGCUGCUGGUGCUCAGGCUUCGGCGCUGGCAUGCAUCACGCCUGCUUCGAGCUACAGGAGGUGAGCUGGCUGGCAUGCCCCCCUCGCACUUUGUAGGUGUGGAUGGACUGCAGGCUUUCCUGAAGACCUAUUCUCAUGAGGUCUCACUCACCUCAGGCUCACGGAAGAGCCACAUUAUUUUUCCCCAACCCAACUAUGCUGACACCCUCAUCAGCCAGGAGAGCUGUGAGCAAAAGGAUUUCCUACCUGCACCUCAGCCUCUACUCAAUGCCAAAGGAGAAGAACCAGCCCAGCCCCUGGGUGUCGCUGUUGACCAUCAAGGAGAAAACGCGCUGAGGGACCGGAUCCACCAUUUCCUUUCUCUUAAAACGCAAAGAACCAACAAAUCAGUCCGAGGCGAUUCCGGGAGGCCAGCAAGCUCACUCCAAAAAUCAGCCAGCUCUGUGACCUGUGAAAGACUUAAUUCUUUGAGGAAAAUAAGAUUGGAGUCCUUUGUGGAAAACUGGAACCGAACUCAGAGAAAAUAAUUUACCAAAAAAGACAUGAUCCAUUGCCUGAGAUUCCGAAACAGCGCAGGGCUUGCUCUGCUGUGCGCGCUCCUGGGGACGCUGUGUGAAACAGGAUCUGGGCAGAUCCGCUACUCCGUGCCUGAAGAGCUGGAGAAGGGCUCCUUCGUGGGCAGCAUCGCCAGGGACCUGGAGCUGGAGCCCCACGAGCUGGCGGAGCGCGGAGUCCGCAUCGUCUCCAGAGGUAGGGCGCAGCUUUUCUCUCUGAACCCGCGCAGCGGCAGCUUGGUCACCGCGGGCAGGAUAGACCGGGAGGAGCUGUGCGCCCAGAGCGCGCGGUGCACAGUCAAAUUUAACGUCCUGGUUGAGGACAAAUUGAAAAUUUUUGAAGUAGAAGUAGAAAUUAAAGAUAUUAAUGAUAAUGCUCCUAAUUUUCUAACAGAGGAAUUGGAAGUAAAAAUUAGUGAGCUAACAGUUCCCGGGACCCGAUUUCCACUUAAAACUGCAUUUGACCCAGAUGUGGGCGUGAAUUCCCUGCAGGAGUAUGAGCUCAGCCCCAGUGAGUACUUCUCCCUGGCUGGCAGCAGCGUCUCUGACGGGACCACGUACCCAGAACUGGUGCUGGAGCAAGCCCUGGACCGUGAGAACAAAGAAGUCCAUCAGCUGGGCCUCACUGCCUCUGAUGGGGGUGACCCUGUCCGCUCUGGCAACUUGGGCAUCCAAGUGAUAGUUCUGGAUGCAAAUGAUAACCCCCCAGUGUUUACUCAGCCUGAAUACUACGUAAGUGUCCAGGAGAAUGUGCCAGUGGGCAUGAAGCUGGUCACAGUGAAUGCCACUGACCCUGAUGAGGGAUUCAAUGCUCAAGUGACCUAUGUCCUAGAUAGAAUGCCUGGCAAAAUUGCUCAGAUUUUCAAUCUCAACUCAGUGACUGGAGAUGUGUCGUUGUUAAAAAGCCUAGAUUAUGAGGAUUCAAUGUUCUAUGAAAUAAAAAUUGAAGCACAAGAUGGCCCAGGUCUUCUUUCCAGAGCCAAGAUUCUAGUCACAGUGCUGGAUGUGAAUGACAAUGUCCCAGAGGUUACAGUCACUUCCCUCACAGGCUCAGUCCCUGAAGAGGUGACUGCUGGUAGAGAAAUUGCUCUUAUCAAUGUGCAUGACCGAGACUCUGGGCAGAAUGGACAAGUCACAGUUUUUGUUCUAGGAAAUUUGCCUUUUAACUUAGAAAAAUCAAUAGACCAGUAUUACCGCUUAGUGACAGCAGAAUCGCUAGACCGAGAACAAGUAUCUGAAUAUAACAUCACUCUGCGAGCCACAGAUGGGGGAGAUCCACCUCUGUCCACAGAAACGCACAUUACUCUACAGGUAGCAGAUAUCAAUGACAACCCUCCUGCCUUCUCUGAUGCUUCCUACUCUGCCUACAUUCCUGAAAAUAACCCUAGAGGAGCCUCCAUCUUCGCAGUGACUGCCCAGGACCCAGACAGUGAAAACAAUGCCCGAAUCAUGUAUUCACUGACUGAGGACACCCACAAAGGGGCACCAUUGUCCUCCUACAUCACCAUCAACUCUAACACUGGUGUUCUAUAUGCACUGCGUUCUUUUGACUAUGAAGAAUUUAGAGACCUGCAGUUAUUGGUGACAGCCAGUGACAGUGGGAAUCCUUCACUCAGCACCAAUGUGUCAAUGAACCUGUUUGUAUUAGACCAGAAUGACAACAUGCCUGAAAUCUUAUAUCCAAUGCUCCCAACAGAUGGUUCCACUGGUGUGGAGCUGGCACCUCGCUCUGCAGAACCUGGAUACCUGGUGACCAAGGUGGUGGCAGUAGACAGAGACUCAGGACAGAAUGCCUGGCUGUCCUAUCACCUGCUCAAGGCCAGCGAGCCAGGGCUCUUCUCUGUUGGGCUACACACAGGAGAAGUGUGCACAGCAAGAGCCCUGCUGGACAGAGAUGCCCUCAAACAGAGCCUGGUGGUGGCUGUGCAGGACCAUGGCCAGCCCCCUCUCUCUGCCACUGUCACUCUCACCAUCGCUGUGGCUGACAGCAUCCCGGAUGUCCUGACAGACCUGGGCAGCGCCAGGACCCCCGCAGACCCCAGUGAUUCAGACCUCACGCUCUACCUGGUGGUGGCCGUGGCUGCUGUCUCCUGUGUUUUCCUGGCUUUUGUCAUCGUGUUGCUGGCGCUCAGGCUUCGGCGCUGGCACUCUACUCGCCUGCUUCGGGCUUCGAGCAACGGAUUGGCUGGCGCGCCGGCGUCACAUUUUGUGGGCGUGGACGGGGUGCGCGCUUCCCUGCAGACUUACUCCCACGAGGUGUCACUCACCUCAGAUUCAAGAAAGAGCCAUCUCAUCUUUCCGCAACCAAAUUAUGCGGACACCCUCAUCAGCCAGGAUAGCUGUGAGAAAAGCGAACCUCUUUUGGUGUCUCAAGAUCUGCUUGAAACAAAGGGGGAUCCUAAGCUACUUGAGGGAAAGUCUGUUCACUUAUUUGGAUUCAUCAGUCAUGCCUGAAUUUAUAAAUACCAUACAGAAGAUAGAAAUACCACUGGAAGAUAUUUUUGCCCCAAAACUGAAAAAAAUAAUUAUACCUCAGGAUAUGAAAAAGAAGAAUGCAAAUGAUGAAGAUGUUUAUGAGAUUAUGACAAAAAAAUGUCAAAUUUAUGGGAAAAUGCAAAUAUCUGAUUCUUUCAAGCAAAUCAAAAGACAAAGUAGCAAGAUCAAGUUUGCACAAUAAGGAUAAAUAGCUGGGAAGUCCAAAGUUUUCCAAGACAACCUCUGGGCACCGCUGUUGACCA